AUGAACGCACCGAAUUGCCGAUUCGGAUUGAGAUAUUGCAUCUGCAAUUUACUAGGUAUCUCCUUUUUUCGAGCCAUUUCACUAAUUUUGUCUGAAAUUUUCAGAAAAUGACGUUCCCGAGCACGCGAUCCCGAUUGCAACUCAAAUUGCCGAAAGACCGACUACGAGCGAGUUGCCAGAAACGACAACUGAUGAGGAAAGUGAAGAAGCGUCGGAGGAUUUGAAUGUCGCCGAGCACCGAGAGCUUUCCGCGGCCUCUUCAGAACUUGAGUGGAGCGAUGAAGACGAUGAGCAGGAGAAUAUGAAUCCAAUGCGAGGUAAGCCUAUUUUUUGCAGCUUUUCAUAAAAUUAAUUUAUUCGCCACCUAAAUCCUCAUUUUUGUUGGAGCGCAUUUGCAUUGUUUUCGAAAAACAGAAACCAAAAACAUAGAAUUAUCCGUUUUUUCUGGUAUUCUCAUCAAUUUUUCUUUUUUUACAGAUCGAAGAAGUCCCGAGCGAAAUCCUUCUGAAAGCUCCCCAAGGAUCCGUCUAGAAUCAGACGGUAAGCGCAAGAAAAACGACGGGAGCAAUCCGCUCGAAAAACCGCCGUUGACGUUCCGCGCUUUGUGCGUGCUGGCAGCUCUGAACACUCCGGACAACACCAUCACGUCGUGCCAAGCUAGAAACUUUGUUCUGUUAGUUUUUCCAAUUAUUAGAAUAAAUUUCAUUCUUUUGCAGACACCACUUUGCCCACUAUCGAUACGCUCAAAGUAAUUGGGGCAAUAAUGUCUCUGCUGCGCUUAGCCGGAAACCAUUCACGUGUGUGGAGCGGAAGAAAGUCGGCUCAGUGCGGAGCCGCUAUCUUUUGGUCGAAAUGGACGUUAACAAUUUCUUGAAUGAAGAAGACUGGAUUUAUAUGAAAGAGGAAAGUAGAAGAGGUAAUUUUCAGAGUUUUUCAUGCGAUUAUUCUGAAAUUUCAGAAUUUUUUGAAAGAAUGCUAAAAGGAGAACUCGGACUGCCCCGUCAAUUCUUUUAUACGAACGUUGUACGAAGACAUCCGCGCCUGGCCGGUCCCGAGAAUUCGGCGCUCUUCUAUCAUCUGCUCGGCAUGAAGAUCGUGAAAAUGACGGUGCGCAUGUUCAAAGAGUACAACAAGAAAGAACGUAUUGGAAUCGAGCCGAAACACGUGGAACUCGUUGAAUUCGACGACGAAGAAGAGGACGAUGAUUCGUCUUAUGGAAAGGCGUUAGAAAAACUGGAGGGAGAUGCGCGCACUGUCAAGAAACUGAUCUCGGCGGAGUACAUCGAAAAGUUCCACGGAAAAGUCGAGGAGUAUUUCAAAUUGCAGUUGGAUUGCAAACAAAAAGGAGACGCAAACUGGGCGACGCCUUCGAUCUCCAAGGUCAAGUCUAUGCUCGAUUGUGAUAUUUAA